AUGCUCGUAGGCAUGGACGUGAUGGAUCAACUAAUCUGUACGGAGUUUCGAAAAGGUCCGUCUGGCACGCCUGUGGCACAGAAAACAGUUUUCGGCUGGACUUUAUUUGGAAACGUUUACAGUCCCGUUUCGCAAACGCUUCGUGUGCAAUCGCUGCAUUGCGAUGUACAAUUAGAACGAGCGCUCGCUAGGUUAUGGGAGCUCGAAGAUUCGCCGCAGAAACAGCAUCUCACGAACGUGGAAAACUUCUGCGAGAAUCACUUCAAUUUCACACAUCAAAGAAUGCCGGAUGGUCGCUUUGUGGUUGAACUACCGCUUAAACCUAACAUAGUAUUGGGUGAGUCACGAAACUUCGCAAUACGUAACCUGCUACGCAUAGAACGAAGGCUCGCUAGUAACAACGAUUUGCGUUUGCGCUACGAUGAGUUCAUGCGAGAGCUCAUUGACAUGAGUCACAUGGGGGAGGUGUCUGAAGCGACGAGCGAGGUGUAUUAUAUACCACACCACCCAGUUAUUAAAGAAUCUAGCGUUACGACCAAGCUGAGGGUAGUCUUCAACGUGUCCGCCAAAACCACCACGGGUAACUCGCUGAAUGACGCAUUGUUUGUUGGACCCCAGCUACAGCAAGAUUUAUAUUCUAUAUUGCUGCGCUUCCGAACUCAUCGCUACGCGAUAACCCGCGGAUGUGGCUAA